GCGCGAAACAACGACAUACACAAAAAAACACAGAAGGGAAGACUUGCCAAAAAAGUGAAAAUAAAGGAAGUGGAAUUUAUUUUAACUAUUAUAGUCUUUGUGUUUAGAAAAAUUGGCUUUCAAAAUAUGAACGUAAAAUGGAGCUAAAUAUAUUUUGCUAAAUUUACCAAAAUGCCAACUAUGCAUCAAAAUAACUGAAAGAUUAACAUAAGAAUUACUCUCCUGGAUUAUUUUGUAUUCUGAACUUUGACCCUAAAAAGUAUUGAUUUAAGAAUAAACAACCAUGCCAAGCAGCAAUAGUAACAGCACAACCCCAGCUACAACUACUACUAGUACAUCAUCAAGCUCUGGUAGGUCUCGCAGACAUCGCCAUAGAAGACAUCGUCAUCACAGACAUCGUCGCAGCAGACAAAUCCGACCAAAGAUCACAGAACGGAACUUAGUGGCAGCUAUUAUGGGCAUGGUUGUCAUUGCAUUCCUCAUUGCUGCUCUCGCGGAGCAGAAAUGGUUCCGACUCCACGGUGGCAAAUGCGACAAGGAAUACAUCGGGGCUUAUGAAUUCCUUACCCCACAUGUCGAAGAUGCACCAUCCAUGGAAUACUGUAUCACAUCGCAGGUUGUGACUAUUAUGCGACUUAAUAUCGGUUUCAUCUUCCUCUCCAUCAUCAGUAGUCUUAUUGCGUUUUUCCUUGAUACUCUCGGCCCAAUGAAACACAUUGUGAAGACAAUACGGAGGCAUUCUGUUGGAAACAUAAUCACAGUACUGUUUUGUGUAACCAUCUGUGGGUUCUGCUACUGGGUAACGACACUAAUGGAGGUGGUAUUGAAUAAUUACAAGUUAGCACAAGGAAGUAAGGUGUCUGUGUCAUACGACGUUGGAUUCUACCUGGUGGCUGGAGCCGGCUCACUAUCAGUUAUCAUCUCCGCAACAAAUCUUCUACGGCGAUACUCAGCUUUCGAGGUUGUCCCACGAGAGAGGCUGAUGGACGACUGGGACAACUUCUUGGAAGCUGAAUUGCGUGGUGCCCCGCAUUUCGAUGAGCUACCCCCGCCUCCUGCAUACACCCCUUAGCAGAUCUGGAGGUUAAACAUAUCAGACUCAGAUCAAGAAUUUAAAAGGAAUUAUGUAAUUUACAUGGACUGAAACAGAUUUUAAAUAUUUUUUUACAAUUUGCUUUAGCACUUACUCCAAAUAAUGAAAGGAAAAUUGAAUGAGAAAAUGACGGUGGUGUGUUACCCUAUUUGUAGACAAAAGUCUUUCAUAAAUUUCCAUUUAAUCAUUGUAUAGAAAAAAAAAUCUGUGUUUAUAUUACAAAUUGUUAUUUACAAAAAAGAUUUUGCUGUUUUAGCCAUACGUUGUUUUAAUUACUUAUGAUUAAACAAAUAUCAGUUAAAAUCAGUAAUAUUUGAUCUGUUUAAAGUUAUACCUUUAUUUUAAUUGAGACAUUGAUACAAUUCUUUUUAAUGAGAGCCUCAGUAAUAUAUACAAAGAUAGAUUGUUUUAAAGAAAUUAGAUGAUUGAUGCAAUAGAGUGUUGGUUUUGAAUGUAUGUGUGUAUAACUGUAAAUACUAGUAUAUUUUUUUCAUUCUGUUGUAAUACAAGAUAUUGUCAUAAGACAAAAGAGUAAACAAAGGUUGUGGUGCCCAAGCCAUACCCCCAAAAAAAGUUAAAGAUCUUGAAAGUCCAAGGUCUACUUACCGUAUUUAUUCAAAUUUAAUGCCCCUAUUUGAAUAAACACACCCCUCAAAUAGACUCCCCCUUCCAGAGCCUCAUUUGGAAUAACACCUCUUUCAAAUAACCAUCCCGGGGCAUUUAUUUUUUCCUCAAAUAAAUGCCCCCCCACACCCGAAAUGAAUACAAAAAACAAAUGGAAGCAAUAACAUUCUCGACACAUUAUGUUAAUGUUCUACUCCAGUUGAUUUAUAUUUAUUCUAACCUGGUUAGGAUCAAUAAGUCUUUAUGAUCAUGCAAUAACACAUUUGGUUGAUAAUUAGGUGUUGUACUGUAGUUCCACAUUUACAGUGAAAUUAAAAGACAUUUAUUUGAGUAUAUAUGUAUCCAUUUUUCACCAAAAAAAAACACUUCCCUUGAAUAAACGCCCCCUUAUAAACCCUUCUCAACAAAAGACGCCCCUGGGCAUUUUAUUCAAAUAUACAGUAUGCGGUAUUUGUUUUUUGUACAAAAUCUAAAGAUUUUUUUUUUACCAAGGAAACCAAAAUGGUUGUAUGGUGUUUGAAAAGGCAAUUUUCAAUCUUUAGAUAUUAAAUUUGAUACCUUAACUUUGAUAUUUUUUUUCUUGUGGUUACCAUUUUAUUAACCAAUGUUCAUUGAGAGAGUAAUGAUUGUCACUGAAUUAAGCCCGGGUCAAUAGUAAAAAACCAAACCCUGAAUUCUAAAUGUCACUGUGUUUGGGCAGCUCAACAAUUGUUUGGGCCUAAUGAAGUUAGUUUUCAUUUGCUUUUUGGUUUUUUUUUUUUUAGUUCAUUACACUAUACAUUUGUAUAUGUUUUUUAUUUAUUCAUUUAUUUUUUAUUUUCUGGCAUAUUGUCCUGCUUUAGUCAUGUGACAUAUUAUAAUAGCAAAUUAUUUGUGAGGCAGUGGUUAUUGCUACUGAUUUCUGAUUUAAUGUCCUAAUCUAAACCAUACAUAUUAAACAGCCAAUCAGAAUUCAGAAUUGAGUGGUGUAAUAAUAACCACUGCCUAUUUGUAAAGCAGAGAUGUUUUAAGAGAUCAUUUAACUAAAUUUGGAAUGAGAACUGAUUUGAUAAAAAUUCAGAAUGUUACUAUUUUGAGACAUGAUAAUCAGAAUUGUGUGGUUUAUGCUAUGAAUUAUAUGAAAUUGCAGGACAUAUACUAAAAUAUAUUUGUAUACAUAUUUUUUUAAAUAUUUACUUUUAUAACAUUUUGAAAGUUUUGACAUAAUACUUCAAAUGUUCAAGUGUACUCGCAGAGCAGGGGAUAGCACAAAUUUGAGUAUAGCUUGGUUUCCAUAAAAUCGCUACACUGUCACUAGUGUUUUCAGUUCAAUUUUUGUACUGUACUGCGUAGCCAUCCCCGACGCAAUCGGGAAGGCUCUCCGAAAUCACCGAAAUCUGUUGUCGAUAGUGUGUAGCGAUUGUAUGGAAACCAGGCUACAGUCAUCCAAUUGGGCUUAUCCAAUUGGGCUUAAAUGAAGUAAACCCAGAUAAAUGUUAGGGUAGGUCGCAUGAUCUUCCAUGAUUAAUUUGUGGUGGUAUCUAUUGACAGUAAUUUCUCCUGGAUCUGUAAAUGGGUGUUAUAAGGCAGUCAAUUUUUUUGUGUUUUUUAUACAGUUUGACAAUCCAAAGAUUACCAAAUUUUUGAGUCCCAUAUAAUAAUUUCUUAUACUUUUGUAAUUGUAAUUUCUGAAUUACAACAUUCAUAAUCCAAACUUGUACAAUAUGUUAAUAAUGCCAGGUUGUGGGACAAACUAAUGUUGAUUCUUAUUCUUAUAAUAGAACAAUACCUUGCAUAUACCCACAGAUCCUAUAUAGGAUGUGUGAUAAUAUACUGUAUAUCAUACUUAAUACUAUUACAAAAUAAAGAUUUCGUAUAUCAA